CUAAGCAAUGCUAUCAAACCGUGCAACACUGACUUCCAAAUACCAUAUAUUUACAACCAUUUAAACUAUGGAACUAGACCAGUUACUCGAAAUGACAAGGUUACACUUAUUGGAACCAGUAGCAGAAGGAAGCUGAAGUCAUCAGUGGUCAGAGCUAGCAGCACUGGCGGUAAGGACGAAAAGCGGAGUUUCCUGAGCUUAGAAGAAGCUGGCAUGGUUGAAAUGUCUGGAUUGGUUAGCCAUGAGAAAUUUUUAUGUCGACUAACGAUAUCUUCACUGAAUCUGCUGAGAGUUAUCGCGGAGCAAGAAGGGUGUUCAAUUGAAGAGCUAAAUGCAGGGAGGGUGUGUGAUUGGUUUUUGAAGGACAAGCUUAAAAGAGAGCAAAAUUUGGAUUCUGCAGUGCUUCAAUGGGAUGAAUCUAAUUUUCAGCUUUAAUUUUUUUUGUUUAGUUCUUGUUGAUAUAUCUAUGAUAUGGUACUUGUACUUAAUCAUUAAUGUCUUGAACAACCUCCAGGGAUCUUGUUCUUUUGUCAUUUAACUUGAUUACUUGACAGCAGAGAAGUAAUACUCGAUUAAGCUACAGGCAUUUAGAGAAAUUUUUGAGAUGACUCAUUGUUCUUAGAGUCAUAUAUGAUCUGAUCUGGCGUGUUGAAGUCGACUCUAAUAAUAUAUGUUGUAGUAGAACUCC